CAGCUGUCAGUGGUCACGUGGGCCGGAAAAUGUGGGGCUUAAUUCCUGUGUUUGAUUGCUCUCAGCUGCUGCUCCUUUGCCCUUCGCAGUGCAAACCGUCCGUCCGCUCCAUCCCGACCACCGACGCCCGGGUGGACUCCCCUCAGCCCACCAUGUCGGACCAAGCCUUUGUGACGCUGGCCACAAAGGACAACUAUGCCAAGGGAGCAAUGGUUCUCGGACAGUCAUUGCGGAACCACAACACAACCCGAAAACUGGUGGUACUCUUAGGACCUCAUGUUGCUGAGCCUUGCAGAGAUGCGCUGCACUCCAUUUUUGAUGAGGUGAUCAUGGUAGAUGUGAUGGAUUCAGGCGAUGCAGCUAAUCUGGCUCUGAUGAAACGGCCCGACUUGGGUGUAACAAUCACCAAACUUCACUGCUGGACCCUCGUCCAGUACAGCAAAUGCGUGUUCAUGGAUGCCGACACACUGGUGUUGUCUAACAUAGAUGAACUUUUUGAGAGAGAAGAGUUGUCUGCAGCUCCAGAUCCUGGUUGGCCAGACUGUUUCAACUCUGGGGUUUUUGUCUUCAGGCCGUCCAAUGAGACACACAAACAACUGCUAACGUUCUGUGCUGAAAAAGGCAGCUUUGAUGGUGGAGAUCAGGGUGUUCUCAACAGUUACUUUAACACCUGGGCGACGGCGGAUAUCUCCAAACACCUCCCCUUUAUCUACAACCUCAGCAGCAUUGCCAUCUACUCCUACCUUCCAGCUUUCAAACAAUACGGCCACGAUGCAAAGGUGGUGCACUUUCUGGGCAAAGUGAAGCCAUGGAACUACUCCUACGACGCCCAGAGGGGUGAGGUCAGGGGUCACUCUGCGUCUCCUGACCCCUGCCAUAUGCACCCGGACUACCUGCUCCAGUGGUGGCAGCUGUAUGCCACAUCCGUAUUGCCGUUACUGCAGAAGGCGUAUGGGGACGCCCCAUUCAGCAGCGGCUUCGUGGACCAGAGCAGUCCUGAUAAACUUCACGAGGACGUGAGAGAGCAGGCCAAGCCCUCUCCUCCUCCCUCCCAGAGCUUUUCGUCGGAGGAAAGGAAGCAACGCUGGGAAGCAGGCCAAAUCGACUACUUGGGUGAUGAUUCCUUUACAAACAUCGAACAAAAACUCAACUCUUUCCUCAAGUAGCGAGUGUCUGAGGGAGUGUGACCGACAGCGGUUCAAGCUCUGCGAUUGAGGCAGAGAGGGAUCUAGCACCAUUCAGUCAAACAUGGGGAGGAGAGGGGCUUGAUUUAUGGAUAAAUGAUUAAAUGCAGCUUUCAUUUAAAAAAAAUUGGUCUUUAUUUAGUUUGUUUGGCAAAUUUCCAUUUCACUCCAACAUUUUUUCCUCUUAAAUAUUUUGACAUGAUUUAGGGAACAUCUUCUUACUAAAGGUUUCAGACAUGUAUAGAGAGUAAAGUAGUUGCCAGCAGCCAAUGUAGAAUAAACACUAGAAAUGGCUAAUAUUAAAUCUAAGCACUGUCAAUGUGGAAAUAUUUUAGACAUGUAUCAUGAGUUGAAAACGGAGACUAAAUAUACUUCUAGAGCUCGCCUAUUAAAAAAAAUCUACCCUAUUUUUCCUUUUCAAUUCACUUUUGCCAAUUUUUGGGAAGUACUGAGGUUCUAAAUGCCUUCAGGAAACUACUUCUCUAGCUCAACCCAAAAGUACCAAAGAGCAGGUAUAGCAUCUCCUAAACCAACAUCUUGGAAAGUGACAUCUGGUGCACCUGAAGUGUGUAAGAUCUUUGAGCAACAGAUAUUGCCAAGGUGUUUUUUUUUUGUUUUUUUUUGGUGGUUAACUGGGAUGACUGUGUAAUUUAAACAAAAGCUUCUGGUUGGUUAUUUUGGGUUUGCACCGCUUUGAAGCUCUCAUGCUUACCUGAGUUGGCUUGCCGUCUGAUGGUUUCACUCUGCAAGCCAUUAUUCUCCACUUUGUUGGCAUUUUCUGGAAUGUUGCACCAUUCCUUGUUGUAUGAGAAAUAUUCCUGAAUCUCAGCAACAAGAGUGCAAAGUCGAGCACUUUGUUCUUUAAAAAUGCAUUCAGCUCCAGACCUCCUAACUAUACUCGCAAUAAGUCUGUCUUGACUACGAAGCACAUAUGCAACUGGCUCUUUCCCCGUCUUCCCUUAGCCAUGACUUUACACAAGUGUUCACCUCAGGUGUGCAUAGACCAGGGUCCCUAUUUGUGCCUCUGUCACUCACCAGCUCCCUGUAACUUCAGCCAUAUAACAUCUGGUGUAGUGUUAACUUGUAUUUGCAUGGCACAGAGUUGAAAAGCAGGUCUGAGAUAAAGUGCUUCUGCCCACGUCCAAUGGUGAUGUAAUUAUAUAUAUAUAUAUAUUUGUGUGCUCCUCUAAUACUCCGCACGUACGUUUCCAUCAGAAUCUCACUGGUGUUUGUGCCACGACCUGCGUUUCAUCACUUCCUCUCUGCAGUGUAACCAGCUGCCUUAUUGCCUGCUCUCCGUUUACGCAACCUCUCCGACUGUAACUGCUGCUAGUGACACAUUUCUGUGAACCAUUUCCUUCCCUGCUGUCAAUAUCCACUUGUGUGCUGGUUAAAGUGUAACCUAUGGCACUUAAUAAUUCAGUCCUCCAUUCCUUGCACACACACUCCCACAGGAAGCGUGUAAAGUUGAUAAAAAGUCUGAACGCAGCUUGUAAGUGUGUGGAAGUGGAUGAUUAUUGUUAAAACAUCAUUUGAUGCACUUUUCCCAGCUGUUAACUUAUCAUGACCUAUUAAAAAUUAAUAAACCUGUGGAAAAAAAAAA